AUGCACGCCCUCUCGUACAUUUCAUCGUUACCACUCCUUGCAAUAGUCAUCGCAGCACAGCUGCAGGCUAACACAACCUACCUCAUUGCCCCGGCCCUUGUAACAAAGCACAAUCGCACCGUGGUCGAGUGCUGGAAGAUGGCCGCUCCCUUUCGACGUUCCUCCACGCCCGGCGUCAGUGGUGCCCAGGUUGCCACCCUAGGCAACUUCACCAAUCUUGCCUACACCAUCUUACCGCCGCGCUACGAUGGUGGCUUACAUACGGCACCUGCCCCACAGCUGGUUCACUUCCUCUCUGGCGUUGCGCAUGUUACCGCCCCUCAAGAUGAUUCCGUUAGCCUCUGGCUAGUUGGAGGAAAGUCCGGCUUACUCUUCGCCGUUGACACUGCUGGAGCCGGGCACAUCACCCGAUAUCCCUCUGAUCAAGAAACAGUUGCUAUCACGGCACCAUUCGCGGGUGGCAAGCUGCCAGAUCAUGAGGUCCUUUUCGAGGGGCCUUGUUUAGGCAUGCAGACUUUUGCCUAG